AUGUUACCACACAUUAGAUUUUGUUCAUGGAUUAUAAUCAACCUCUUUGGAUUUGUGUAUGCUCAAGUGGCGCCGAAGCUGGCUCCCCUGCCUCGCGAGCUGGAGUUCAGGCGAGGCGAGCGCUUCCAGCUGGUGUGCUCGUGCCGGGAAGGAGAGCCGCCCCUGACCUUCGGAUGGGUCCGGGACGGCCAGACCCUGGUUGAGAGCCCCGAGUCCCUGCAGAUCCGGCGCUUCGACGAGUUCUCCUCUUCCAUCAUCAUGGCUGCGCUGCGCGAAGACCACGCCGGGAACUACACCUGCAUCGUCUCCAACCUAGGGGGUAGCGACAGCUCGACUGUCGUGCUCAGGGUGCUCGUUCCACCGACCUGGUUGCGACAACCUUAUGAUAUGUCUGUUUUGUCUGGAGCAAAAGUAACCCUGAAUUGUGAAACUUCUGGAACUCCAAAACCGACCGUCACUUGGAGAAGAAGCAAAGGAUUUAAUCUUCAGCAAAUGGAGAGUUUAACAGUGAACCAUUGGCGUAUGGGUGAGGACGGAAGCUUAACAACGUCAUCCGUCAGAAAAGAAGACGAAGGUUUCUAUUCCUGUGAAGUAGCCAAUGGCGUCGGAGAAGGACUGAGGAAGACUGUUCGAAUAGAAGUUCAAGUUCCUCCAAGUGUGACGGUUUCAGAGUCAGAGAAGACAGUGAAGAAGGGGGAACCCACCACGCUCCGCUGCGAUGUCACCGGCGAUAAUCCUCUGACAAUCAGCUGGGGUAAAGCCAAUCGUAAUUUACCCCUCGUCAACGAAGAUAGGAUCAAAAUCCAAGAGGACACGACCGUGGAAAACUCUUCUUCAUCUGUCAUCAUCCGCAACACGGCCGCCGAGGACACUGGCCUCUACAUUUGCAUGGCUCGAAAUUCCUACGGACAGAGUCAAGCUACUAUCAGACUGAGGAUUGUAGGUGAGAUCAAUAUAAGUGUCAUUCAUAUAACAGGGGGUGCCCACAUCCCUAAGAGCAAGGGCGCCCAGCAACCAAGCAUUCCUCUCGAUUUCAUCGUGUCUGAGGUGUGGUGCAAGAGCGUUAGAUUAAGAUGGAAGCAACCUUAUAACGGCAACAGUCCCUUAUUGCAUUAUAUCAUUCGUUACAAAAUUAAAGAUGGCGAUUCCAGGCCCACGGAGACGAAAGUGCCCGGCAGUCAGAGCAGCGUCGUGAUUCGAGACCUGAGGCCGAACAGUCAGUACAGUUUCCAGGUGGUGGCUGUGAACGAGGUGGGAGCCAGCGGUGCCUCCUCAGCCCAGCACGCUAGCACGACAGAGGAAGAGCCGGAGGCUGCCCCAAUAAACGUGCAUGUAAAGAGCAAAGAUGCGGCUGGUUUCCUUCUCUCGUGGAAGCCUCCACCGGAGGACAAGUGGAACGGGGAACUGAUCGGGUACUCUAUCGGCUACAAGCGGGUGUCCCACGCCUCUGCGCAGUCGCGCCCCUUCACCUACAAGGUGCUGCCCGUCGUCUCCUCCUCGCCCACUGGCUCCUUGGAGUUCGAGGUGAGGGGCCUGCAGGAAUCCUCCACCUACACCGUCGUCGUGAGGGCCAUGACGGCCGCAGGGAUCGGACCGCCCUCCGAACCCGUGCUCGUCAAGACCUCAUAUGGAGAAUCCCCGCAAGUUCCUAGUGUGAGUCUACUGUCUGUGGAUCAAACUGUUAUUACAUUGAAGGUGGAACCAACAGGCAGAAAAAGAACAUCAGCCACACAAUAUAUACUGCAUAUUCGCGAGGGAAGCGGACAUUGGUUAAAGAUCCCACUCAACCCUCACAGGACGGAGUACAAAGUAGGUGGACUGCUGGCCGGUGGGCAGUACAGGCUGUAUGUAACCGCCAGAAACGGAUACGGCGACAGCGGCCCAUCUGAAGUAGUAACGUUCCACACCGAAUACGAAAAAGAAGAUCUGGCUGUUCCGUUUUAUCAGAAGCUGUCAUUCAUCAUUCCUGUUGCAGUUUCCAUGACAACGAUCCUUGUAGUUCCAGUUGCCGCUUGCUGCUGCUUGCGGAAACUGAAUAGUCUCCAAGCCCCCAGAACAGAAGGUGUGGAGUCCAGAGGUUUUACGUUCACGGGGCCCGGCGAUUGCAGCAACCAGGGUUCUGCGCCCCAUCGGCCCCGCUCCCUUCCCCCACAGCCAUCUUCUUCCACGGCCCAUGACACUGGCCACUAUUCCACCUUACAGAACUAUGGAAGCGUCAUUCCUGCUUCUGACCCUAGGUUCAGUCAGUUCAUACUGGACAAUAAGUUGGCACAACAGGUCGUCAGCCUGCCGUAA